AUGGCUCGUACCUUCUUUCUCAAAUUACUCACAUACUUAUCCUCUGAAGAUGAGUUGGAUGUUGUUCUUAAUGACGAGGCCGAUGGACAGUCAUCGAGGCAUAGUGCCAAUCGCCAACGCCGUAAGUUUAUUCGGCGUGAUCAUAUUCAAGGGCAUGAGAGCCUAUUUCGCGAUUAUUUCGCAAAAAAUCCAGUAUAUCCCUCGAAUCUAUUUCGAAUGAGAUUUCGAAUGAGCCGCCCCCUAUUUCUCCGUAUUCUAAAUGAGGUUGAGUCUUAUGAGCCGUACUUCAUCCAGAGAAGAGAUAAUGCCGGAAUACUCUGUUUAUCUUCUAUGCAAAAGAUAACCGUAGCACUUAGAAUGCUAGCAUAUGGAGUUACUGGAGAUUUUAUGGAUGAGCACAUACGUCUUGGUGAAAGCACCGCAAUGGAGAGCCUUAAAAAAUUCUCUGAGACAAUAGAAUGCUGGGAAGCAUUGACUGCAUGCAUUGGAAGUGGAAAAUUUGUCCUGCAGCUUGGAAAGAUAUGGCAUGUAUUUUUUGGUAUGCCCGAUUCACAUAACGACAUUAAUGUGCUAGAGAAAUCUUCUAUUUUCACCGAACUUGCCCAAGGGCGUGCUCCUCCAAUCAAUUACACAAUCAAUGGCAACCACUACGAGAUGGGGUAUUACCUUGCAGAUGGUAUUUAUCCCAAGUGGUGA